GCACAUUUCCGCUUCCGCUCUGCCACCGUCGGAUCUUUCCUGCCGAGGACGCGUCUUUGCCUCUCUGCACCAUGUCCGGAGGCCUGCUGAAGGCGCUGCGCAGUGACUCCUACGUGGAGCUCAGCGAGUACCGGGACCAGCACUUCCGGGGUGACAAUGAAGAACAAGAAAAAUUACUGAAGAAAAGCUGUACGUUGUAUGUUGGAAAUCUUUCCUUUUAUACAACUGAAGAACAAAUUUAUGAACUCUUUAGCAAAAGUGGCGACAUCAAGAAGAUCAUUAUGGGUCUGGAUAAAAUGAAGAAAACAGCAUGUGGAUUCUGUUUUGUGGAAUACUAUUCAAGAGCAGAUGCAGAAAACGCCAUGCGGUACAUAAACGGAACUCGUCUGGAUGACAGGAUCAUACGCACAGACUGGGAUGCAGGCUUUAAGGAGGGCAGGCAAUACGGACGUGGGCGAUCUGGGGGCCAGGUUCGAGAUGAGUAUCGGGAGGACUAUGAUGCAGGGAGAGGCGGCUAUGGAAAAUUGGCACAGAAACAGUGAGGAGAGCCCUACAGUGCACAACUCACUCUGGUCUGCUGAAUCUGCUGAAGAACAUUCCCCAAGGUCUGAUCAAUGGAAGCCACUUCAUGGUUUCCCUCUGAAAUAAAUAUUAAAGGACAAGAUCCAAGGGAAUUCCUUUAAUUCUACUCGUAUUAGGAUGAUUUUCUGUUAGUAGGUCAAAAAUUACAUUCCUGAUUGGAUUUGUGCUGAUUAAAGUGUCAGCCUUUUAGGAAGACUAGAAGAGUGACAAAGCUGACUAGUAGGUUCUGGUCUUCAUGGGGCCUGAAAUGAUUUACAUUUUGUUUGCAUGUUUAUCAAUGGAGUUUUGCUAUAUUCUAUAGCUUUGUUCUAAACUGGGAACAGGUAUCUGUCAACUACAUUUGUUUUCUUGGAUUCCAACAUAGGUCUUAAAUGGUCCUGGGGAUUCCACCUGCUUCUCUACUUUGUACAUUAGGGAACUAUCAGGACUUGAACAGUAUUUGCCAAUCACAGUUCUCAAAAGAUGUAAAUGUUUUAUUGAAAGCUAUAUGGAGAGCCUCAGUUAUCCUAAGAGGUGUGAAGAUACUCAGUAGGAAGUGGAAUGAAAGUUAAAAACAUUGCCUUAACAUGAAGGCUGUGAUUAGGGCCAUUAAAUUUGUUCUUUCAAUCUUCAAAAUGAUCUUUAGAAUGGGGUUUUAUGAGCUAGUAGUACAAGCCUGUAAUCCCAGCUAAGCAGGAGGCUGAAGCAAGAGGUUCAAGAGUUCAAGGCCAACCUGAGCAACUUAAACAUAAAAUAAAGGACUAGAGACACAGAGUACAACAGAUGCAACAUAAAAUAAAGGACUACAGAUACAGCUCAGUGGUGGAAUGCUUGCCUGUUAUGUGAGAGGCCCCAUCACCAUGACUGACUAAAGAAUAAAAAACAUAAAAUAAUAAGUAGAGUGUGAAAACUGGGAGAAUUGUGUAACAACAGGAGCUUCCUACAGGAAAUGUCUGUUUUAACCAGUACACACAUUGAAGCCUAUUUUCCUUUUUUUUCCUCAAAUGGUGUUUACUGUGGUCCAAGCUGAUGGUCUCUAGAGAGGGAGUCUAGCGACUUUAUUUUGCAUUUUCUCUCUAAUAUUAUAUGUAGUUUCUCCUGGUAUGAAAGAAUGUGAAUUGUUUUAACCAGCAACAAAGUGUUUUCUAACUCCCACUAGUUUUAGAAGUUGGGGCUGAAGUACCGUAACGUGAACCCUUCAUUCUGCAUUAAGCGCGAGCUGUGAGGACUGCAAUCUUAGGAAAGCCAUCUGCAAACACUUCAGCUUUAAAUUUUGUUUUUAUACUGUAGUUUGAACUAAUGUUUAUAUAUAUAGCAUGCAGAAUUUGUAUUUUAGUUUACAUUAGCAACUAGUUAUGGCAUCGUGUAAAGAGAAAGCAUGGAUAUUCUGGUAAAAA